AUGUCACCACCGGCUGUAAACACUCCCGCAACCAAGCGGACAAAACGACCUCGCGCCGCUCAAGCGUGCGAUCGCUGCAGAACGAAGAAGUACAAAUGCGACGAGCAAUAUCCUUGUUCACAUUGUAAAAAGAGUCGAUUAGAUUGCGUAUAUCAAGGCAACUAUCGAGAACGGGAGAGCAAUCGAUCCGCUAGCUAUGUUGCUGAUCUUGAAAAGAGAGUGGAGGAGCUGGCCUCAAAGCUGCGCAAUGCCGAGGCACAGAUACAAACAGCAUCUCCACAAUCACAGGACCAGUUAGGAAGAAUGCAUCGAGCGCCAACAGUUCUUGAAAAUACGCCAAUUUCAUUGCCUCAAACAGGGUCAACGCCUCGAGAGACAGCCAGGCUGCCUGUAGCGACGACACAUGAAGAUUCGGCGGAGAGCGCUGAUGACGAAAUCAAGGAGUUGAACCAUCAUACCAACGGAAUCGAGUUUUAUGGCAGUACUUCUUCUGCUGCAAUACUUGGUCAUCUGAAAAAGGCCAAGGAGCCCAGGAGCUAUGAGGAUCCCUCCCCUCGAGUGGCGAACUUCUCACUGAUCUCUACGCUACACAACCCAAGCUUCUCUCCGUCAUGUUCUACGGGGAUAGUCACUGCAAUUGAUCAGCACAACUAUUACUUCGACGUGGCUUACGUCUUCAUGAACGGAUAUUUUGAAAACAUUCAUUUCAUUCAUCCUUUCAUCGACAAGGAGUCUUUUCUGCUUCGUGCAAAUGAUCUUUGGUUCAACCGAACACAAGCGCACGAACCUAGUUUCAUUGCUCUUUACUUGAGUGUUCUAUCCUUUGGCGCGCUGGUACGCGUUUGGGACGAAGAUAAGCUGGCUGGUCUGGGCCGGUUUGAAUGGAGUCGAAAAUUGUUUGGUGAAGCGCAGGCGUAUCUCAACCAUCUUCGAUUCUCAAAUGACCUUGAAACCGUGCAGUGUCUCUACAUGAUGGCUAAGAUUUGUCAAAAUGAGCUGAAUCCAAAUUUGGCGUAUAUGUAUUUGGGUCUUGCAGUUCGCACCUGUCUCUCAGCAGGGUUCAAUCGUGAAGUCGAGUGCCCCAAGGAUCCACGAUCGAACUGGAUUUCGAAAACUUGGUGGGGCAUAUUCUCGCUAGAAAUCGAACUGAGCUUUUCGGUCGGACGGCCAGACACACUUGGCAUGGACGAAUAUCACAAUCGGGCUUUCCCCGACCGGGACGACUCUGAAUAUGCGAUCAUUUCCUGGAUGGUCGAUUUUGCCCAAAUCAUACGUCGCGUAUCUGUCCAGAUCUAUCACUCUCGCAUUACGCUUCAAGAGAAGCUUCACACCGCCCUUCAGAUCGAGGCGGAGAUGGAUCGCUGGCUAGCAAGGCUGCCUGACCGAAUCAAACCAGAUAUCGACCCAAAUAGGGCUUCACGCCCGGCGCUUCGUGACCCAAAGUGGGCGAGGAGGCAGCGUCUGGUAUUAGGAAUAAGAUACUACAACGUAAAAAUGCUGUUGUUCCGCCCAUUUCUCAGUCAUUUCACCCGCAAACUGCGGCAUCCUCCGAAUGAACUGGAGGAGACCAUCUCUAAGUGUUUGGAUGCAGCCAUGAAGACGAUUGAAGUCAUCUAUGAUAUCUAUCGAGUUCACACAUUCUUCCGAUGCUGGUGGUACAACACCACUUAUGUUAUGUUCGCCACAUCUACCCUCCUCCUUCCCAUGUCGAAAUUGGGCAUGUGUGCCGAGACUAUUCCUCUUUUGCGAUCCGUUGAGACUGGAGUGGAAAUACUCGAAUCGAUGGAUGAAUCGGUGGUCGCUCGCAAAUCGGUGGAGAUCAUCCGACAGUACCUCCGCGACUUCCGCGCCUCCGGCCAGCAACCAGCCGCGUCCGUAGCCGGUGCUUCCACCGGGGAGCCCGCCGUUCCUCUGGAAACCGGACAAGGUACUGGUCCAACUCAGACCACAAGCUUUGAAAUUCCGGAGUGGGCCUACGGAUUCGGUUUUCCUGACUACUCCUUCGAAGGAAUCGCUCGGCUUUUUGAUGACAUUGGCGGCCUGCCUAUGCUUGAUGGAGAUUGA